UCACCGCCCGCUGGCUGAUUGAUAUCAUCAUCCACGGAGCUUUCUUUGAUUUGUAAACUUUCUCCAGACGCUUCCUUACAGCAGUUAGUGGAUAUGAUGCGCCCUAGCACAUUUUCACGCACGAUAUGUGCUAGCUGCUCGAAUCAUAGCCGGCUUUUCUCAACAACCGUCCGUUUAGGGUCACAGCAGAAGAACGAUGCCACUCCGGCUUCCCCGCCGGAGGCCGGUUAUGCUCGCCUUACGAACCGAGGUCUGAUCUCCAUCACCGGAGUAGAUAGUACUACGUUUCUUCAGGGCCUUAUUACCCAGAAUAUGCUAAUAUCGAAUGAUCCGAAUCGCGCAACUCGUCGAACCGGAUCCUAUACCGCCUUCCUUAACUCUCAAGGUCGAAUUCUGAACGAUGCUUUUCUCUAUCCUCUCCCGCAAGCAGAGCUUGCGUCGCCCGACGAACCCGCAUGGCUUAUUGAGGUGGAUAAGAAUGAAGUGACCAGUCUCAUGAAGCAUCUUAAGAAACACAAGCUUCGCGCGAAGCUUAAACUACGUGCCCUCGAAGAUGGAGAACGUACGGUGUGGGCGUCAUGGAAAGACCACGAACAGCCCCGCUGGGCCGCAUACAAUCUGGAAUCCCCAACCUCCUCUCCUUUCUCCCUAUCAUCCCUGAUCGCCGGGUGCAUCGAUACCAGGGCUCCUGGGUUCGGCUCCCGACUCAUCACUCCGGGUGCGGAAGAUCUUCGGGCCCAUAUUCCUGAUGAAACUCAGAUUGCGGGCUCGGAGGCGAGCCUUGGAGCUUAUACCGUGCGUCGAAUGUUGCACGGUAUUGCCGAAGGGCAGUCUGAGAUUAUCCGUGAAUCGGCUCUCCCAUUGGAGUGCAACAUGGAUAUGAUGAAGGGGAUUGACUUUCGCAAGGGCUGUUAUGUUGGUCAAGAGCUUACGAUUCGUACCCACCAUACAGGUGUUGUGCGGAAGCGGAUCCUUCCUGUGCAGUUGUAUACCGGAGAUCAGAGUGCUUUGGCAUCCGGUAAUGAGCCCGUGUAUGAUCCUACUGUGGAGUUGCCUUUACCACCGAGUGGGAUGAAUAUCAGCAAGAUCAGCACGCGUAGGUCGCGGAGUACAGGCAAAUUCCUCGGUGGAGUUGGUAACAUUGGCCUUGCAUUGUGUCGGUUGGAGAUGAUGACCGAUAUCACUCUUACUGGCGAAGGCACCCAGUAUAAUCCGGAACAGGAGUUCAAAGUAUCCUGGACUGCGGCGGAAGAAGGUCUGUCGGACCCUCGGGAGCCUGGGGAGGUCAAGCUGAGGGCAUUUGUACCGUCCUGGACGAGAGACUUCAUCCUAAACGGAGGCGUAAAAAAUAACGCCCGUAGUCGCGAAGCCGAAGAUGGCCAUCGCGCACGAGAGCUCCUGGAGCAAUUAGAGGAGGAAGAGUCGCUCCGACAGAAAGAGUAGCAGGCUCUUAUAUCAUGUAGCAUAUGUGUAGUAACGACCAUGUAUUAUAGAACGGCAAUCUGAACAAACAUUGAUCCAUAAA